AUGUGCUCGCCUCCAGACACCAACAAACCUCCUUGCGAUUCUGAAGGAGAUUCUUCUAUUCCUGUUUUGACUGAGAAAACUCCUGAAGAAAUUGAAAAAAUCAAUGGUGAUACAACCAUAAAUGAUAAUUCUCAACAGACAAAAAGGGAUCUAAAACAUAUAAAAGGUCUAAAAGAUCAAGAAUUACCGGUAAUUCUUGAAGAUAGCGAUAGUGAAAAUGAAGUUUCUAAAGAUCCCAAGAUUUUGCGAUUGAAUAGUAGUGACUCGGGGUAUGGUGGUUUGUACAAAAAAAAGAAGGUACAAUCAGGUAGCGAUUGUACUGAUGGAGGUUCAGAAGAAGAUGUAGAAUCAGAUACCAAUUGUAAUAAUGAAGGUUCAAAAGAUGAGGUAGAAUCAGGUAAUGAUGGAUAUUCAGAAGAUGAGGUAGAAUCAGGUAAUGAUGGAUACUCAGAAGAUGAGGUAGAAUCAGGUAAUGAUGGAUAUUCAGAAGAUGAAGUUUCAGAAAGUGAAGUUUCAGAAAGUGAAGUUUCAGAAAGUGAAGUUUCAAAAGGUGAAGUUUCAAAAGGUGAAGUUUCAAAAGAUGGAGGUUCAAAAAAGAUUAUUCAUCCAUCAGGUAUUUGA